GAAAGCAGUCAUGAUUUGAUAAAAGGACUACUACGUAUAAUUAAAAGCUUGCUGGUUGUAUUUAUUGGUUGGAGGAGCGCUAAUCUUUAAUGCAGAUAAGAAAAUAACUUGCGAAAGAAAUGCUUCAAAUGCGGAAGUUGGUCAACGCGUCAAGCCAGAUAGGGGGAUGUUUGCUUAAUAAACGAAGGUCUGGCAACCAAAAAGAGUCAAACGCACCUUGAGCUUUAGUGGUAGUCUAAUAAAGCGCUUCUUUUUCUAUACCAGCACUGGCAUAGCGCUCCAAGGAGGGAAGUGCUCAGCUGCUGUUUGUUCUGCUGACAAAGAGAGAAAAAAAAGGAGCGACGACAGUUAUGUAUUAGCAAUGUCUGGUAGAUAGAAACUGCGUGACUGAAUCCCGCAGAAAUGAGCGACACGAAGGGGCCCUCAGCACGCAGGAGGAGGACUACCAUCCCCGGCGGUGGAGGAGCUGGCAGCGUGAAACAAGCCAACGGCACCAAGGGACAUGAUGCCGGGGGGAAACCUCCACAGAAUCCCGCUGGAGUCAAAGCAGCGGCGCCGGAGGUUUCCAAGCAGCACGCCAGUCAUAAUGGGAAUGUGGGCAGAGAAGAGGCGGGGGAAAAGCAGCAGCAGUCCCGUAACAGUCCGAGGAAGCAAAGCAGUGCGGUGGAAGAUAUCAACGACAGACUCAGCUGCCAUGUCCUACAGGAAUCUCUCCUAAGCUCAGCCAGUGGCUACAGCAACUACAGAGGAAUCCUAAACUGGUGUGUUGUCAUGCUGGUGCUCAGUAAUGCACGACUCUUCUUGGAGAACAUCAUCAAGUACGGCAUCCUAGUAGAUCCAAUCCAAGUCGUGUCUCUUUUCUUAAAGGACCCCUACAGCUGGCCAGCAGCCUGCCUGAUCAUUGCGUCCAACCUGUUCAUCCUGACAGCCUUGUACGUAGAGAGACGUCUGGCAGUGGGUAUGAUCUCUGAAACUACUGGAAGGAUUCUUCACAUUUUCAACCUCAUAUUCAUGUUGACCUUCUCCUCUGCCACGGUCCUCUCUGUGACCUCCAUGACCCCAGUGGGUGGUGUGUUUUCUCUAGGAAUCUACACUGUGCUGUUUCUCAAGCUUUACUCUUAUCAGGACGCCAACAGGUGGUGCAGAGAGAUCAGACAAGCCAAAGCCAAAAGCCUAACGCGAUCAUAUUCAUGUCCUGAUGUUCAGCAGUCGAACGGCUCAGCAGUUCAUUCUCUGGUCUCCUACCCAGGAAACCUCACACACAGAGACAUGUACUACUUUGUUUUUGCCCCAACUCUGUGCUACCAGCUCAACUUCCCUCGAUCUCCACGGAUACGUAAACGGUUCCUGAUAAGGCGGCUUUUCGAAAUGCUUUUUCUUAUGCAGUUGUUGGUGGGAUUGAUACAGCAGUGGAUGGUUCCCACAAUUCAAAAUUCUAUGAAACCGUUCCGGGAAAUGGAUUUUUCUCGGAUGGUGGAGCGAUUGCUCAAGUUAGCAGUCCCCAACCAUCUCAUAUGGUUGAUAUUCUUUUACUGGUUUUUCCAUUCCUCUAUGAAUUUUGUGGCAGAACUGCUGCAGUUUGGAGACAGGGAGUUCUACAGGGACUGGUGGAACUCUGAGACCGUCACAUAUUUCUGGGCUAACUGGAAUAUCCCCGUUCACAAAUGGUGCCUGAGACAUUUCUACAAGCCGAUGCUAAAAAGAGGGACCAACAAGUUUCUGGCUCAAACUGCUGUGUUCUUAGUUUCUGCGUUCUUACACGAGUACCUGGUUAGCGUUCCUCUGAAGAUGUUCAGACUUUGGGCCUUUAUGGGAAUGAUGGCUCAGGUUCCUCUGGCUUGGUUUGUGGGUCGCUACCUGAACGGAAACUACGGCAACGCGGCCGUCUGGCUCUCGCUCAUCAUUGGGCAGCCCAUUGCGGUGCUGAUGUAUUUCCAUGACUACUAUGUUAUUCAUCAUGGAAGCACCAAAUAGCCCAGGGGGGGAAAAAAACUGAGAUGAGCCGAAAGGAAAAUGUAAAGCAAGUGACUCUCCUGCUUUAAUUUUUGCACUUUGAGGGGACAGGACCACAACAUGUCGGGAAACAACGUAGGACAUUUAUGUGACAGGAACGUGUUAAACUUUCACCUUUUGUCAACCUCCAAUCAAACUAAACCUCGCGAUGCAGCGCCACCAUCUGUUCAUUUCAUCUUUUGUGAUUUGAUCGUGGACUCGAACUGAAUCAGCUCUUUGAUGAAUGUCAAAGGAAGGAAUAACCCCGUUUUUUGUUUUUGUUUCUUUUUGAAGCCGGAUAUUUGCUUCAAAUUCUGUAAGCGCCACCAAAGAUGCACUUGGCGAACCUCCGAGUUGGAAAUCCAUAUUUUCUAGACUUAAGCAUUUUGAAAAGGACGGCGCUCCGCUUGAAAACUUUACACUCGUCAGGUGCAAUAAAUGUGAACCACUGCCAGGCAAACGCAUCCAGAAGUGAAUCUUGCCUCUUUUAAAUGAGAUUUGCUUCUGUGUAAGUGGCUAAGAAGCUUAAAAACUUCAGGUGUCCCGGUUUUGACGUUUACCACAAUUUACCUUUAAUUCCAAUAAUGUUCAUCUUAUUUGUGCAAUACAGUAUUAUAUAUUGUUAUUGUUAUUAAAAUGAUUAUAAGGACCAGGCAUCUCUUCCCACAAGAACUGAAUGGACCAAGGACAAUAAUGUGGAGUAAUUUAACCAAUCAUGACUGCUUUAUUAUCCCUCUGUGGUCUGCACAACAUUUUACCUGUCAAAUGAUUUCAUGCUUUAAAAAAAAUGUCUAUAUUUUGCUGCAGUGACAUUUUUUUUUUGUUCCUAUAAUUUAAAUCAAUGACAUUUUUGCACUUUAUUGAGAUGCAUGCUAUUGGGGGGGGGAAAGCAAUAGAUUUCUAUGAAUGUACCGUCUUAAGUUAUAUUCUGACAUGUUGAAGUUUCCUAGUAUUAUGAUAAAAGCAGAAGAGUUCUUACAGUAUUUGAUCCAAUUGCAAGUAUUUUGCAGCAAAUUAAAAUAUAACUUUACAUUUCUUUCCCACCUACUUUCAGAAAAAACAAAACCUACUAGAUUUCUCUUAUCAGAAACAAGUGCCUGCUGUAAGUACAUAUUAAAAUUAUAAGUUAUGCCAAAACUUUCAGGAGCUGUAAUUUAAAUAGUGUUUCGUUUUGUAAUUUAUUUGGAAAAUAAGAUUUGAAUUUAACUGUAAUGCAAUAAUCCUGCUUUCGGAGUAUUUCAGAACACAGUGGAAAUAUUGAGAAUAAUAUCCUGGCUCACUUUGAUCCACUUGUGCCAAAUCUGACAAAAUGUUGGCAGCAAAGUAAAUCUAAAGAAAAUAAACAUCUUUCCAGAGGGCUCAGAUGGGAAAGUUUACGGUCGUUUGGUUUGACUGAAACACACCAGAGGUAAUUUUAGUUGAGGAAUUUUGAGUUUAUAUUGACUGAAUUAUUGGAUACAACUUGUAAAAUGAAUGAAUUUCUUAACAGAUGUGUUUGUACCGUGUUAAGACGUCUGGGUAAAAUGACUGUUUUGUAAAUUAUCUUUCAGUUGAAAAAAAAUCUGCUGAUUAAAGAUAGUUUCCAUCUGC